AUGAGUUCAUCUAAUUUUCUAGUGCUUCUGAAAACGUUUUCCGAAUCACUUAAGCGAGCGUUCAAGGCAAACGAUAUCGAGCUACUGAAGACGGAAUAUGAUGCGGCUAGGGCCACGGAUAACGACAAGAAGACGGCUCUUCAUCAGGCGUUCCGCGAUAUGAUGCUGACGAAAACGGAAAACAUUCCCGCCAUUGAAGGGUUCAUCAGCUUCGCGAUCAUAUCCUGCCGGAAGGAUAUGACCGCCGCCACGAUGCCGGUCGUGCUGCUGGGCGACAUCUUUGACGCGGUGACGCUCGACCGAGCGGAGCAGAUUUUCACCUACGUCGAGAACAAUGUGGCCAUUUGGAAGGAGGAGUUUUUCUUCACCGCGUGCAAACACAACUUGCUCCGCAUGUGCAACGAUCUGCUGCGUCGGUUGUCACGCUCCCAGAACACGGUAUUCUGCGGUCGGAUACUGCUGUUUCUGGCCAAAUUUUUCCCUUUUUCUGAACGGAGCGGGCUAAACAUCAUAUCCGAGUUCAACCUGGAAAACAUCACCGAGUACGGCAUGGAGGGUAACGAGAUGACGCUCGAACAGCUGGCCGGUGGCGGGAAUGGGACCGGCGAGGAUGAGGCCGACACCGAGGAGAACAAGCUGAAGAUCGACUACAAUCUGUACUGCAAGUUUUGGGCCUUGCAGGACUUUUUCCGCAACCCAAACCAGUGCUACAACAAGGUGCAGUGGAAAACGUUUGCCACGCACGCCGGAAGUGUCCUGUCGGCGUUCAGCAGCUUCAAGUUGGAAGAGCACCGAUCGACGAGUAGUGCCAAAGUGGCCGACGGUAGCGCACCGGUCGACAGCAGCCCAACGGACGAGAAACAGAUCCGUGAGGCGGGUCACUUUUUCGCCAAGUUUCUCACCAACCCGAAGCUACUGUCGCUCCAGUUGUCAGACUCAAACUUUCGGCGCUCGGUCUUGGUGCAGUUUUUGAUCCUUUUCCAGUAUCUCAACUCCACGGUGAAGUUUAAGGCCGAAGCGCACGUCCUAACGCCGGCGCAGGGCGAGUGGUUGAAGGAAACGGAAACGUUGGUCUAUCGGCUGCUGGAAGAAUCACCACCGAAUGGCAAAAAGUUUGCCGAAACCGUGCGGCACAUGCUGACGCGCGAGGAGCUUUGGAACAGCUGGAAGAAUGAGGGUUGCAAAGAAUUUAAACGCCCCGAAGCGGUCUUGGAUGAUGCCGCGCCACCAGCGGCGGCAGCAAGCGGAACGUCAGGUUCAUCGGUUGGCGCAUCGCCGGGAACGGGUCGCCCACCGGCCAAACGUCCCCGCCGCCCACUGGGCGACCUUAUACGCGAUGCCACGCGACAGGGAAAGUUCUUUAUGGGCAACCAGGAGCUAACGCGUCUGUGGAACCUUUGUCCGGACAAUCUGCAAGCGUGCAAGGGUACGGAUCGGAACUUCCUGCCGUCGCUCGAGACGUAUUUGGAGAACCCUAAAGAGAAACAAGAUCCGUCGUUCGAGUGGCGCGCUCUGCGUUUGCUCGCCCGCCAGUCGCCUCACUUUUUCACCCUCUUCAACACACCUUCGUACAAGGUGUCGGACUAUCUCGAGAGCGUACGCAAGAAGAUCCAGAAGGACAAGCUGGACGUAAGGCUCGAGAACGCGAUACAGGAGGAAACGGCGGCACCGGGUGGUGUCGAGCCGACCGAAGCGGAGGGCGAAGGGCUGGUCGGUGACGAAGAACACGAACAGAUGGACUCGGAGUUGCUGAAAACGGAACAGCUAACACCGGAAGAUAAAAACACCCAUAAGACGCUGGCCGUAAGCAAGGAACAGCUGGCGGAACUGUCGCCGAGCAUCGGGAAGGACUGGAAAAAGUUAGCCAUCAAGCUGGGCUACAGUGCGGACGAGAUACAGUACUUCGAGUCGGAGAAUGCCUCAGUUACGGAACAGUGCUGUCAUCUGUUAACGCUUUGGUUUGAUGACGACAUGGACGCCAGUUUGGACAACUUGGCCUACAUCCUUGAAGGUCUUGAUAUGGGAGUCGCCGCUGAUGCCGUGAAACAGAUGAUUGCGCUGCUUAGCGACAAGGUAGAGGAAGUUUCCGAGUGAGCUGCAACACACGUUUCUUUUGCUACACGAAGACAAUUUACAAAUACAUGCAUUUUCAACCAAUGUACGUGAAAAAAGUCUUUAGA